AACGUAAAGAACUCUUCCCGGCAAAUAAACCGUUCGCUGUUUUCAUCUUCUCUAUGGCCAGUUCCGACAAAGUUAAUUUAUUGGGUAAGCGAGAGCCAGAAGAUGAUUUGGAGACCAAACCGAUUCUGAAGAAACAUAAGGAAAAUUCCGAGGAGGAGAACAAGGAGCAGAUCAAAGGAACGGUCGAGUUGUUGGAGACAAAAUCUGAUCAGGCUCCAGUGAAGGAGACAGUGGAAGGACUUGAUGAAACUCCCGAUUCUGUUGAGGUACCUAAGAAGUAUAUGUCUGGUCUUUUGAUUCGUUGCUUUCCCUCAAGAAAAAAGACGCUCUAUGUUUGCUGUCUCCCUCGCGACACUAAAAUGCCAGAUAUCAUCGAUUUCUUCAAAGAUGUUGGACAAGUUGUUAGUGUUCAACUUACUACAAAACGCAACGGUUUGCGUUUGUCCACUGGCUUCGUUGAGUUUGCUUCUGCUAACGAAGCAAAGAAGGCGCUGGAUAUGAAGAAUGGUGAAUAUUUGUGUGGUAAUAAGCUUAUUCUUGGCAUGGCUAGCUGCGAAAAUAUUGCACAACCCAAGUAUUGCAUAUAUCACAAGGUUUGCAGGUACGAAGACUACAUUCAACAAGAAAGCCUUCCGAUUGAAGAAGAGGAGACACCUCCCAAAAUUGUUCAGGCAGCUGCUGUAAGAAAAAAUACGCUCUUUGUUGCCAAUCUCUCUCCCCAAACUAAAAUAUUACAUAUACUCGAUUUCUUCAAUGAUGUUGGAGAAGUUGUUAGUGUUCGACUUAUUGUAAGCCCCGAGAGUAAGCAUGUGGGCUAUGGCUUUGUUGAGUUUGCUUCUCCUUGCUUAGCAAACAUGGCGCUGGAAAAGAAGAAUGGUGAAUAUUUGCACGAUCAUAAGAUUUUUCUUGGUGUGGCUAAGACAGCUCCGUACCCUCCACGAAUCAAGUACAACCUUGCAGAGAAGCUUUGGUACGAAGACUAUCUUCUACGAGAUAGCCUUCUGAUAGAAGAAGAUGAGACAGUGGAAGGACUUGAUGAAACUCCUAGUUGUGUUGAGGCAGUUGCCUUAAGAGAAAAGGUGCUCAUUAUUGCGCAUGUCCCUCGCCGAACAAAAAUAUCACAUAUCAUCGAUUUCUUCAAAGAUGCUGGACAAGUUGUUAAUGUCCGACUUAUUGUAGACCAAAAGGGCAAGCCUUUUGGCCGUGGCUUUGUUGAGUUUACUUCUGCUGACGAAGCAAAGAAGGUCAGAUUAGUUUAUAGUAAUGAUGAAAAGUAUUUUACUAGUCAUUAGAAAUUUAGUGUAUACUUAUGAAGAGGAAAUAAUUACUAGAAUAUGUUUAUUUUUAUAAUAGAACACAUCUUUU